AUGUCAAAUGGUCGAGUAUUAAUUUAUGGUGGUAAUGGUGCGCUUGGUUCAUGGACUUUAAAUGUGGAUUUGUUAGAAAACAAUUUAGCUGAUAAUAAUAUUGUUGUAAAUAAAAACGAUUCAUGGUUGCAACAAGAAAAUUUCGUUUUCGAUCAAAUGUCGAAAAUAAUCGGUGAAAAAGAAUUAGACGCGAUAUUUUGUGUUGCUGGUGGCUGGCUUGGUGGUAAUGCUGCUGAUAAAGAUAUGGUAAAAAAUGCUGAGAUUAUGUAUAAGCAAAGUGUUUGGAGUUCAGUAAUAUCAGCACGUUUAGCAUCAAAAUAUUUGAACGAUGGUGGUCUUUUGCAGUUAACUGGAGCUGCUGCGGCAUUGCAAGGAACGCCUGGAAUGAUUGGCUAUGGUAUGGCAAAAUCUGCUGUGCAUCAACUGGUAAAGAGCCUUUCUGUUGACAAUUCUGGAAUGCCAAAGGAUUCAUCUGCGUUGGCGAUAUCGCCAGUUAUACUCGACACACCAAUGAAUCGCAAAUGGAUGCCUAAAGCAGAUUUUAAAGCGUUAGCAUGGACACCUUUAAUAUAUAUAGCCGAUUUACUAUAUGAUUGGACAGUAAAUAAAUCAUCAAGGCCAUCGAAUGGUUCAAUCGUAAAAAUAUCUACGAAAGAUGGAAAUACUACUUUAGAAAUGCAUUAA